AAAUCGUCUCUGGAAGUCGACGUGGAGUGAAGGUGAUUGUUAAGUCAGAUUCCUGCGAAACUGUGAUUGUGUGGGAGUUGCGAUGACACCCAACGUAGUGGCAUAUAUCUACUAUUUGGUGCGUGAUCUGUAUCAUCAGCACAAUGAUCCGCGAGUGUCCCAUUAUCCUCUGGUGGGCAACUUAUGGAGUGUGGCGGCCAUUGUCGUCCUCUACUUGGCCUUUGUGCUGCACUUCGGGCCAAAAUGGAUGGCGAACCGCCGACCCUUCGAACUGAAGUUUGUCAUGCAGUUGUACAAUGCUGUUCAAGUCGUUGCCAACUCGGUGAUUUUUAUAUACGGAUUGUUCAACACGGUGUUCAAUCCUCGAUACAGUUUCCUUUGUCAGCCUGUGGAACACGAUAACACAACGUCUCAAAUGAUGGGAUUGAUUUAUGCCUCGUAUGGAUACUAUAUGCUCAAGUACCUCGAUCUACUUGAUACGGUCUUUAUAGUGUUGCGUAAGAAGAACUCGCAGGUGAGCUUCCUGCAUGUCUAUCAUCACGCUGGAAUGGUCUUUGGUGUGUCCAUCUUUAUGACUUUCCAAGUGGGCUCCCACUGUACCAUGCUGGGUCUGAUCAAUCUCCUCGUUCAUGCUGUGAUGUACGCCUAUUACUUUGCCAGCUCGCUGGGUGCCGUGAAGCAGCUCUGGUGGAAGCGACACAUUACGCAGCUGCAGUUGAUCCAGUUUGGUUACCUCACACUUCACUUUCUGCUCGUGCUCGUGCACAAUCCGUGUAACUUCUCCGUCUUCAUCGCGUUCAUUGGCUUCAGCCAGAACAUCUUUAUGUUUGCCAUGUUCUUCGACUUCUACUACAAGACCUACAUACGCAAGGCUCGAAAGGGAGACGCCGUCAAGUCGGUAACGUCGUCAAAGUCAACACUCAGCUGAGCUGCCCGACUGACCAGCUGCGAGCUGAUAAAGUUAAGGUUUAAGUUCAUUUUACUUACGUAUGUAUAAGCAAAUAUGCAAAUCGUGAGAUCGAAUCACUUUGAUUUGUUUGCCUAAUAUGAAUAAACAUUUCGACUGACACUGUAAUCAAUAUCUAUUUACCAGAACA